GGCCACCCAUGGUGGUGAUGCUUGCUAUACAUGUACGGUUGUUACAAAAUUACCAUUGUUACCAAGUACGUUUGUUACAGCAUUUUGGUCUCGCACAGUCAAGCAAUCUCGCCGCACCUUUUAUUUUGUUCAGAAGAGGAGCCAACCUAUCGAUACUGUCAGCAACAAUGAACGAGGGAAUCGAGCGAGCAACAGAAAUGGAAUCCAGGGAAAUCUAUCCUCCAGAGGCCAUAUCUCAGGGACAUGUCAAGCCUCAUAUUGAUGGGUUUGCCGAAUACCAGCGCCUGUACAAGCAGUCUAUUACCAACCCCAACGAGUUCUGGGCGAGGAUGGCUCGGGAACACCUCACAUGGCAGCGAGACUUCCAGACGGUUAUGACGGGCUCCUUUCGCCAUGGCGAUGUGGCCUGGUUCCUCGAAGGGCAGCUCAACGCAGCCUACAACAUGGUCGACCGCCACAUGGCAAAGCACGCCAACAGCCCCGCCGUCAUCUUCGAAGCCGACGAGCCGGGCGAGGGCUACACCUUGACCUACAGCGAGCUCCUCCGCGAGGUCUGCAAGCUGGCCCACGUAUUGAGAGACAUGGGGGUGAGGAAAGGGGACACGGUCGUCAUCUACAUGCCCGUCAUCCCCGAGGCCAUUAUCGCCUUCCUCGCCGUCGUCCGGAUCGGUGCCGUCCACUCGGCCGUCUUUGCGGGCUUCUCGGCCAGCGCCCUGCGCGACCGCAUCCUGGACGCCCGAUGCAAAGUCGUCAUCACCGCCGACGAGGCGAGGCGUGGCGGCAAGACCAUCGGCCUCAAAGGAAUCGUGGACCUCGCGCUGCAGGGCCACGACGAUUGCUGCGUCGCACACGUCCUUGUCUACAAGAGGACCGGCGCUGCCGCUGCCGCCGCCAACGACGUACCCUUCACGCCGGGCCGUGAUCUGUGGUGGCACCAAGAGGUGGAAAAAUGGCCGCCGUACAUGGCACCCGAGACCGUCAACUCGGAAGACCCCCUCUUCCUGCUCUACACCUCGGGCUCGACCGGAAAACCCAAGGGCGUGCUGCACAGCACGGCCGGCUACCUCCUGGGCGCGGCCGUCUCGGGGAAAUACGCAUUCGACGUGCACGACGGCGGCCGCUACUUUUGCGCCGGCGACUUCGGCUGGAUCACCGGCCACACCUAUGCCGUGUACGCCCCGCUCCUCCUGGGCGUCGCGACCGUCGUUUUCGAGGGCACCCCGACGUACCCGAGCGCCUCGCGCUGCUGGGAUAUCAUAUCGGCGCACGGCGUGACGCACUUUUACACGGCCCCCACGGCGCUAAGGCUGCUCAAGCGCGCGGCCGGGAGCGACGGUGACGUGCCCCGCAUGCCGACGUUGAGGGUUCUAGGGUCGGUCGGGGAGCCGAUCGCGCCCGAGGUGUGGAAAUGGUACUUUGAGGUGGUUGGCAAGGGCAGGGCACACGUUGUGGACACAUACUUCCAAACCGAGACUGGGUCGCACGCCAUAACCCCCUUGGCCGGGGUGACACCCGUCAAGCCAGGCAGCGCAUCCCUCCCCUUCUUUGGCAUCGCCCCGGCGAUACUGGAUCCCAUCUCCGGCCGCGAGAUCCUUACCAGGGGCGUCGAGGGCGUCUUGGUCUUUAAACAACCCUGGCCAAGCAUGGCCCGCACCGUCAGGGGCGCCCACCAGCGGUUUAUGGACACCUACUUGAGGGUUUAUGAUGACGUCUAUUUCACCGGCGACCUGGCCACCUGCGAUCACGACGGACACUACUGGAUCCGCGGGCGCGUCGAUGACGUCGUCAACGUCAGCGGCCAUCGCCUCUCGACGGCCGAGAUCGAGGCCGCACUGCUCGAGCAUCCCGCCGUGGCCGAAUCCGCGGCCAUCGCCGUCCCCGACGACGUGACCGGUCAGGCCGUCAACGCGUUCGUGUCCGUCAAGGACGACAGCGGCGGGGAGCUCGACGGUCUGCAAAAGGAGUUCAUCCUGCAGGUCAGAAAAUGCAUCGGGCCGUUUGCGGCUCCCAAACAGAUAUACGUCGUGCCUGAUCUGCCCAAGACGCGGAGCGGCAAGAUCAUGCGUCGUGUGCUCAGAAAGAUCCUGCUUGGCGAGGUGCAUGCGGAUCAGCUUGGAGACAUGUCCACGCUCAUUAAUCCUACUGCGGUGGAUGUGAUUAUCGCUGCUGUCCAUGGGACUGGGAAAUAGACCAUACGAGCAUCCUUUCUCUUGCUACGAGCUGGAAAGUAAAAUAGUCUGAAUGGGUUGUGGGAGAAUCCAGGGAACUAUUAUUUACUUCCCCCGCCGCACCCAAGAGAUGGGCACGUCCGUCCCGCGCACCAUGUCGAGGUGCUCGCGAUCGACCUCCGCGCCAGGCACGCCGUCAUGAGAACCGUACAACCGGCGCGCGGACCAGGCGCCGCAGCUCGUGGUGCUCGGGGCUGCGGUCGGACAUGAUUGCCGCCACGGGCGGUGGUUGUCCACCAAAGCACGUCGUGGCCGCGGCUAGGACUUCUUUGGCCUCUUUUAGGAUGGUCAGCUUGCCUGUGGCAGGGAAGGCGUUCAGGAUGACCAUCUUGCCGCCGGUGGGCUGCUGUGGCGUUGUUGUAGUCAUUUUUUGCGGAAAUGUGGUUUUCGGGCGUGAAAAAAAAAAACCUGGUUUUGAUGGGAUCGGAUUUGACUGCUACCGACAAAAGGUAGUAUCUUGGGCUUUACCUCCACGAGUUGGAGCUUGGCGUUAAUUGACGCAGUAUAUCGCUGUGGGCAUUCUCGAAUAUGAAAAGGGUUCGACUAUAUCUCUGAAAACGUUGUCAGUGUUUGCUGUCUCAUCAAGGUAUCCUUUUGUGAGUCAUAGCUUGCGAAUAAUGUCAAGGUCUCUCUCUGAUCCCCGGCAGCCCACAUGUUUUGUACAAAAGAGAACAGAACUAGAUUGUCUCAUGAAUUUCCCCUGACCCGCAAGGAUUUCGCCCGAUU